AUGGCGGCGCUCGAGAUCAUCGACGCAGAGCUGGUGCGCUCGCCGUACGCGGGCACUGUGCACUCAAAGCACUCGGACACGGAUCUCAACUCUCUGUACCCUAUCCACACCCCGGCAGAGCGAGCAGCAGCACUGCUCCUCCUCUCACCCUCGACGCACGACGUAUGCCUCGGAGCUGGGUGGAUCGACACGGACGCAUCUCCGCCUCUGCGACCAUCCUCCUGCUCUUCCUCCUCUUCAUCUCCCUCGACGCCGGGGGAGCCGGCGGAGGGCGAGGAGAGUGAGGCGCUGCUCGUGCGUUCGUGCUCGCAAGGCUGGAGUUUGUCGUUCGAGCUUUCUGCGCACCGCCUCCCCACGCCCAACGCCGACGAGGCCGUGGUGCGCAAUAGCGCCGUCGGCCUCAAUCCCGUAGACUGGAAAUCGGUCUCGUACAACUUUGGCAUCCCCGCCUUCCCCUGGAUUCUCGGCCGCGAUAUCGCCGCUGAGAUCGUCCAGCCUCCGCAGAACAAUGCGGCGGGCUGGAAGGUGGGCGAUCGCGUCUGGACCUGUGCUGAUUCCAGACACAUGCGCGCCGGAGGAUACCAGAGGUUCUCGGUGCACAACACGCAGACACUCGCCAAACUGCCCGAGCACAUCCCGGAUCAGGAGGCGGCUACGCUCGGCACCGGGCUUAUCACCGCUGCUGUAGCCUUGUUCGCGUUCUUCAAGCUGCGGUUCAGCCCCAAAGCGACAUUGGAGGACCAGCUGGACUCGCUGCAGAUCGGCCAAGAUGAGUGGAUCUUGAUUUACGGAGGGGGGGCGGUGACGGGGUUGUAUGCUGCACAGCUGGCGCGCGCGAGCGGUGUGCGCGUCGUGGCGGUAGCAUCGCAGGGCAACUUUGAGUACCUUCGCUCGCUGGGCGUGAGCGUAUGCGUCGACCGCCACCAGCCCGCGUCGGCGAUCCUGGACAACAUUUCCGCCGAGAUCUCGGCGCGAGGAGGCAAGUUGCGCUAUGCCAUGGACUGCGUUUCGUCCUCCACGGCCGACGUAUGUCUGCGCGCGCUUGCCAGCGCCGGCACGCCGGCACAGCUGAUCGCACUGGCCGGAAACCCAAAGGCGACAGCGGAGGGUGUGACGGUACAUCGCAUCUCCUUUUCCACCACCUUCUACCAUCCCGACGGCGUAUUCGCCGCACACGUCCUCGAGUAUCUCACGCGCCUGCUCGAGACGAAGAAGCUACAGCCGUGUCGUCCGCAUGUGCUUCCCGACGGUCUCGCUGGCAUCAGGACGGGUCUGGAGAUGCUCAGGGAGGGCAAGGCGCCGCGGGCCCACAAACUUGUAGUGCGCAUCGACGACACGCCCGCUGCGGACGUCACGCACCUCGGAGUGCGCACGGAGCUCGGCUGGAACGGCGUGUAG